GGGACAACAAAAAUAUCACCGCACGCAAAACGUGCAUACGGCUAGUGAUUAUAAAUUUGAGAGCCGUUGUAAUUUCUCCCCGCCACAUCUAACGGUGAAAAGACCAUGUCCUCAAUUUCCAAUUUCUACUCUUUACUCCUCAAAAAAUGCUGCGGAACCCAGAAUUUAAAACUUGCAAAGAAGCUUCAUUGCUUCAUCAUCAAGACCCAUAAUCACCGAGACACUUUUCUAUCAAACAAUCUUAUGAGCACCUACACCUACUUUGGAAAUUUAGUUUAUGCACGCCAUGUGUUUGAUCAAAUGCCCCAACCAAAUUCUUUCUCAUGGAACAUUCUUCUCUCAGCUUACUCCAAGUCGGCUCGUCUUGUCGAAAUGCUUGAAGUGUUUGGUUCUAUUCCCACCAAAGAUGGGAUUACAUGGAAUGCGUUUAUUUCAGGUUAUGUUAACUGCGGGCGAUAUGGUGAUGCUGUGGAGGCUUAUAGGACCAUGUUAGAGGAGGGUAAUAUGCACCUAAAUCGGAUAACUUUUUCGACAAUGCUUAUAUUAUCGUCGAAUAUGGAUUGUGUUGAUUUGGGCAGGCAGCUUCAUGGGCAGAUUGUAAAGUGUGGAUUCCUGUACUUUAUGUUUGUGGCGAAUCCAUUGGUGGAUAUGUAUUCCAAGUUAGGAUUUGUAGGUGAUGCACAGCAGGUUUUUGAGGAAGCACCCGAAAGAAACUUGGUGAUGUAUAACACUAUGAUUGGAGGGUUUUCACGUCCCGGAAUGUUUGAGGAGUCGUGGCGUUUGUUGGAUAGUAUGCCGGAUAAAGAUUCAAUUACAUGGACAACUAUGAUUACAGGGUUAACUCAAAAUGGAUUUGACCGGGAAGCUGUUAUUGUGAUGAGAAAGAUGCGAGAGCAAGAUUUUUCCAUGGACCAUUUCACUUUUGGAAGUGCCUUGACUGCUUGUGGGAGAGUAGGGAUCUUGAAAGAAGGAAAGGAACUUCAUGCUUAUAUAACAAGAACAGGAUAUCAAGGGAACGUUUUUGUUGGUAGUGCUCUCAUUGACAUGUACUGCAAAUGUAAUUGCAUAAACUAUGCAAAGACAGUUUUUAAGAGAAUGACCCACAAAAAUACUGUCUCAUGGACUGCAAUGCUAGUGGGUUAUUGUCAGAGUGGACUAUCUCAAGAAGCUAUUAGAACUUUCCUCGAGAUGCACAAGAAUUCAAUUGAACCAGAUGACAUUACCUUAGGAAGUGUCGUUAGCUCGUGUGCUGAUUUAGCCAGUUUGGAUGAGGGUAUCCAAUUUCACAAUCAAGCUUUAGUGUCUGGCUUGUUAUCCUCUAUUGCUGUUUCUAAUGCCCUCAUUACCUUGUAUGGAAGAUGUGGAAUUAUUGAAGAUUCCUUGAAGUUGUUUAGAGAGAUGAAUGUCAGGGAUGAGAUUUCUUGGACUGCGUUGAUGUCUGCGUAUGCCCAAUUUGGAAAGGCCCAUGAAACAAUGAAUUUAUUUGAGGAAAUGCUUUCUCAUGGGCUUAAACCUGAUGAAGCUACUUUAGUCGCUGUUCUUUCAGCAUGCAGCAGAGCAGGUCUAGUAAAGGAAGGAAAGAUGUAUUUUGAAUUGAUGAUGGAAAAACAUGGUAUAGUUGCAACUCCUGAUCACUAUACUUGCAUGAUUGAUCUUUUCAGUCGUGCAGGGAGGUUAGAGGAAGCCAAGAGUUUUAUUUCUGGAAUGCCUUACAUCCCUGAUGCAAUUGCUUGGGGUACACUCCUGAGUUCAUGUAGAGUUUAUGGUAACAUGGAAAUUGCAAAAUGGGCUGCCGAUUCUUUAUUUGAACUUAACCCUCAACACCCUGCAGCCUAUGUCUUACUUUCCAGCAUCUACGCUGCUGAAGGAAAAUGGGAGCAUGUUGCUCAGUUGAGGAAGGGAAUGAGAGAUAAAGGCGUUAAGAAGGAACCUGGUUAUAGUUGGAUUAAGUAUAAGAAUAAAGUACAUAUUUUCUCUGCGGACGAUCAGUCCAGCCCAUAUUUAGACCAGAUAUAUGCCAAGCUUGAAGAGUUGAACCUGAAGAUGGUUGAGGCAGGUUAUAAACCUGAUCUGAGCUCAGUUCUUCAUGAUGUUGAGGAUUCCGAGAAAAUACGAAUAGUGACGCAUCACAGUGAGAGACUCGCAAUUGUUUUUGGCUUGAUGUUUGUACCAACCGGCCUCCCAAUACGAGUGGUUAAGAAUCUUAGGGUUUGUAGUGAUUGCCACACUGCAACGAAAUUCAUAUCUAAAAUUACGCAGAGAGAAAUACUUGUGAGAGAUUCUGUUCGGUUUCAUUUAUUCAAAAAUGGAACUUGUUCUUGUGGAGAUUUUUGGUGAUCUCUUGGUGAACACUAUUAUCAAAUGACGGUAGUGUGGAUCUGGAGCAUUUCACAUUCUUCUGCACAUCUUGAUUGCAAAGUCUUUGCAACUUAGGGCCUGUAAAAUGAGGAAAAGGUAAAUGAACAGUCUGGUUCAGUGGACAGUCUGAAGACUUUAUUAAAGUAAAACGAACCAAAUGCCAUUUUACUUGCAGCUGAGGGAAGUUUGGAGCAGGUUGGAGAUGCAUCAAUCUAAUAGCUUCUGUUCAGAGUGAUUUGGCAAUGAGUGUUUGAAUUUUGCUCUUACCUACGCUGUUACUCAUGGCGCUGCUUGCUAAACUGGGAUAUAACCCUGAAAAGGGGCCAGAGACAUCAAUGGACAAUAAAAAUUAGGUGGUGAAAGUGCCAGUGAGACUUGGCAUCUUAUCCAGGUACCGAAGAAUGUUUUCUGCCAUCUGCCUUGUGUAUGCAUCCCCAUGAUGGAAAGCAGUCACCACCGUUAUAUAAAACAACUUAUCCUGCGAUACAAGAGAUAGAGAUCUUUGCCCACCUUUCACUAAGAACCUCUCAAUCAUCCAAAAUGCUUUUUGCCACAGAAUUUCGUUCUUGUGAUAUCUCACCGCUUUUAAUACCCGCUGUGUGGCAUUCAUCUUAUCCAGCAUGUUCACACUCUGUUCUACAUCAACCUUAUCAUCCAGUAAUGUAGAUAGUGCUGAUAAUGCAGCAUCAGCCACCUCGACAUUUUGGUGAUCCAGGCAUGUUAAGAGUCUCUCAAUUGUACCUGCUUCAAUCAAGCAAAAUGUAGUUUGUUCGGUGCAAACACCUCUAUGAACUACACAAAGUUCUACUUUGGCUUUCCUUGAUGACCUGAAAGUUAAAAACCUGGGCAGGUAGAAUAGGUUAAAGAACUUCUUUUGCUUUCUUUGUGGUGGCUUUGAGAGACGUGUUGAUUGUGUUGAGAGUUUCUCUAAGCCUGUGGCGGCUAAGGUUUGAACCUCAUCUCUUGAUGUUUCCAUAAGCAAAUUAGUUAAUACUGCAGUGAAAUUGUGAUUUAUGGCUAGGAACAACAUUUGAGGGUCAUAUAAUGUUGCAGUGAAUCUGACUAGUACACCCACUAGCCCCUCGAAGUACAUACAGGCAUAUCGGUUUUGUUGUGUUCCACUUCUUUGAAGUUGAUUUAUUGAUUGUAAGAUUCCAGGGAUUGUGUUCUUACUGGUCAAGGCCACAUUAAGAGUGAGGUUCUGAUGAGGAAGUUUGGCCAGAAAAGAGAUUGAUAGAGCUUGCCUUUCAGUGAUCUGGCUAGGGUUGGAAGGGCUUUGGAUGAGGCCCUCAGGUUGGCCGUUUGUCUUGCAAAGUCUGUCAAUUAGCAAAUGCCCUAUGUGUGAUGAGAGUAGAGUUAGAAGUUUAAUAGCUGCAAUCACAAUUUCAUCACUUGGGUUGUUGAUGAGCUCAACAAGUGUGUAGCUUGCUUCAUUUUCCUUGACAGCAGAUACAACUGGAUUCUCUGACUUCUUAGAUUUUGCCAUGCAGUAGAGGAUUCUGAUAAGAUUGAGGCUCAGAUCAUCUGGGGUGGAACUCUUAAUCAUGUAAAUAAUGUUGAAUACAACAUAGUCUGACACCAGGGUGUGGCCUUGACUAUUGACAAUCAGGUUCUCAAACCCAAUUCCAGAUUCAAGGAUAUUUGCUAGUAUUGCUGAAGCUUCUUUGAGUGAAUCUACUGGUUCACUAUAUAUCUUCUUGGUAAACAUUUCUUGGACCAUAGUUCCUACAAUUCCAGCUUCGACUAAUAAUUUACCACUAGCAGAGUAUGAGGAUAUUUGAACAAGGGCUUUAAAGACAGCUUUUCUAGUCGAGGGAUUUCCAUCGUGCAGCAUUUGGAUGAGUACAGGAGAAGUCCUCUCUGCCACAUAAGUCUUGCUGUCAUCUUCAAGUAUUAUUUCACCAAGGAGCCUAACAAUCAAUGGUACAAUUCCCAUGUUGAAGACUUCUUUCUUUUUCUUGGGACUCCUUUGGCAGAUGUUCUGCAAAUCCUUCAACGCUUCAAGUAUCAUACUCUCGGUACUGCCUAUGGACAAAGCUGCACGGAUGACUUUAAGUCGUGCAGAAUCAUUUCUGUCUCUCCACUCAUGUAUAAUGUUUCUUAAAGCUAGGUUGGGACUCAUAUUCCUGCUUUGGAGCUUCUCCUGAGUGAUAGGACAGUUAACUUCUUCUGAAUUUCCGCAAUUUUCAAAAUACUCGGUGAUUGCGCUUCUCUCAUAGGUCACACCACUACUGAUGGUCACCGGGUCAUCCAUGACCUGAUUUGUUAGUUGACAUAUGAAACUUUUGUACAUAGGCUCCAUAUGUUGAGCACCUUCUGUCACACUUUUUGAUAAUCUGUUACUCAUGUUUCCACGGGGUCUUUGGCUGCUUUCACUUGUACUUCUAAGGGCUUCUGCUACUGGUGGAAUAUCUGACACUUGGGAGUGUCCUGUGGAGACCUCCAUGCUGAUGGAGUAGAGAUCUGAUUCUAAUGUUAUUGACUCUACCUUUGGUUGCUCUACUGGAGAUAAUGGCUUUAUUUUCUUUUUCUUGUUCUUGGUUUUUUGAACUGGAAUGAUCUCAAAACAAACAUUUUUCAUCUCCUCUGAGAGUGAGCGGAUUGUGUUUUUUGCAUACACUUCAUUCUGGAAUGCUGAUGGUGGUAUUAAACUUAAGUCAUGACCCAUAUCAUUAAUAAUUUCUUCUAGUCGUUUUAUUAUGUUCCUCACUUCAUGAUCCAUAAUCGUCUGUCCAUUUUGUUGAAAUUCUCCUAAGAUGCCUUUUGCCAAAUCAGUGUUUUGAGAUAGAGAUCGCAGUAUCUCAUUUUCAUUAGCUGGGCUGCUCUCUGAAGUCUGGAGCUCCAUGAUGGCUGAAGAAGUACGGUAGAAAUAGCUUCCAAUUGCUAGGAAGUUGCUCUGUUCUAUCUUUGCACUUGGAACAGAUGCUGUUAUUUCUGAAAGUGAUGCCAGCAGUUGUUUGACAACACUUGCGACAUGCUUCACGCUUCCAUCAAACUGCGCGCAUGGAGGAAAAAAAUAAAAAGUUACAUUAUAUAUGUAUGAUUUUAUUGACCUUUUUCAUUCUUGGUAAAUGUAAUGAUCACAGACAUUGGUAUCUCUUCUUUACCACCUAUAUCCCUCAUUGAGUA